UCAGCCACACCGGCUGCCCUUAUCGUAUUUCUUUGUUUUGACAUACAUCAAUUUUCCUUUCUUUAUCAGCUGCUGCGAUUAGUGCACGUUUUCCUGCUGAUAUCCUUUGAGCUGAGAUUUAAUUUAGCCGUUAUUGUAUAAUUUUUAAGGUUUUAUCAAUUAAAUUGUAGAUAUGAUAGAACAACAAAGACAACGUAUUGAACGUGCUGUAACAGAGAUGGUGGAUGAUAUGGAUAAAACCCAUUUACGUAAAAUGCAGACAGAUAUGCACUUAUGCUCGGCUAAAUGCUGCCAGGAUAUGAAUGCAAGCAUUGACAGUGUACAAAGAUGUGUGGAGAGAUGCUCGGCGCCGUUGACGCGUGCACAAUCCUAUGUUCAGCAUGAGUUGGGUGAAUUUCAGGGACGCCUACAGCGCUGUGUUCAGCAAUGUAAUGAUGACGUCAAAGUGAAGAUGCCGGUCAAUCCCUCGGGUGCAGAUAUUGCCAAAUAUACCGACCAAUUUGAACGUUGCGCAAUACAGUGUGUGGACAAGCACGUUGGUCUUAUACCCACUAUGAUGAAAACCAUUAAAACUGUGCUAGCGAAAGGUCCAGAAUCCAUUCCCCAAGUUUAAAAGCUUGCGACAAAUAUAAGCUUACCCACAAAUUGUACGGUACAUCAGCAACAACUGUUUUGUUUGUUAGAAAAUUAUGUGACGAGGUUUAACAAAAUUAAGCUGCAAUUAAUCAAGAAAAUAAAUUGGUGAAACUUUA